AGAAUCAAAGUUUUUCACUCUCAUCGUAGAUCAACAGGUGGAUUGUUGUUACCUUGACCACCGAAGUGUUACCUUGAGCUGACCAAGAAAUCUGUUGUGCCAGUUUCAAUCAAUCGACCAAAAAUAUGGCUGCGCGGCCACAUAUUUACCUGACCCGAAAAGAAUGUUUCAGUGCGAGCCACCGGCUACACAGCCCGUUUUUGAGCGACGAGGCUAACCGAGAAGUGUACGGCAAGUGCAAUAAUCCCAAUGGUCACGGACACAACUACACCGUGGAAGUCUCGGUUUACGGUCCGGUGGACAGCAAAACGGGUAUGGUAAUGAACAUUACCGACCUGAAGAAGGCGAUGGAACAGGCGAUCAUGAAGAAGCUGGACCAUCGCAAUCUAGACAAGGAUGUGGCAUACUUCAAGAAUCUACCCAGCACGACGGAAAACGUGGCCAUCUUCAUAUGGGACAGUUUGAAGCUGCUGAUGGCCAAACCGGAACUGUUGUACGAGGUGAAAAUCUACGAGACGGACAAGAACUCGGUUGUCUAUCGUGGCGAAAUGUGUGUUACUGGACAGCCCUCGGUGACCGUGUACCGGGCGGAGACGAAGAAGCAUUUUCCAAACUCGUGUGACACGUCGUGCACUCUUGGCUCCGAUUCGGAUAACUAAUUCAACGACCGUCGUUGUUGUAUGUAAUUGAAUCUCGAAUUAAUGCGAACGAAAAACAGCCCCAUCGCUGUAUCAGUAUUUGCAUGCGCACUGGUAACCGACCGGGUUAUCACCGUUCGAUGUCGGGAACACAGGUAUGUGUUUGACCACUUAUAUUUUUCACUUUACAUAGUUGCUAUUAAAUGAUUUCUAUCGGAACCAAAUGUGUUUUUCUUUUGAUUUUAUUGUUUCCCAGACGGUUAAAAAUCUUGCCCCAUUGACGAGUUGUGUGCCAUGGCGCUGAUAUUACUCAAAAACAAAAUCUAUACUGCUCCUCAAUGCUGGGUUCGUGCAAACCGGUUUUAAACAAGCUUAAAAUAUCCAAUAAACUCUUUUACUGCAAUAACCUUUUAAAUACUUCACAACCUUUCACGACUAAAAGAAAUUAUUUUACACUUACGAGCUUUAGUAGUUUUAUGAGAUUCAUAACAGCCUUCGUUGCCGCUAUCAAUGUCCAGCGGUCGUGGACAGGCAAUGAAGUGUCUGUGUUUUUUGGCAUGCGUAGAGAAGCUCUGUAUCUGCAGUUGUCUGCAUUUUAAAUUUCAUCAUCGCGUUUCUUGCCGUAGCUUAUGGAGACAUACGGUAUGCCGAGCUCGAAAUCAUUCCGUGGCCAAUAUUUCAGCGUGGGGCGACUUUCUGGGCAUUCGUCGUUGACGAAAAAGUACGCAAACAACACACACGCCGGAUAGGCCGAAAUGAAGAUCAGUAUGUGCCAGAAGCCGUGCAGAUAGGGGAAGUUCAUCGACGACCACGUGUCACAGAAAAUGCGAUCGUUGAUCCAGCAAACGAUAGCGAUCAUCAAAAUGGUGGUGUUUCUCACGCCGAGCCGAUACACGCGUUUAUCUUGAACACUAAAACCGGGAAAGUCAGAGGUACAGAGGUCCAACAAUAGUAGUUUAGUGUUACACUCCGGAUACUUACAUUUUUAAUUCCUUAUAAAGCAGGUAAGUGGCCGGCACGGCUAGAAACAUAAGCGCGAACGCAUUGAUGGCCGGAUGAUAGAAUGAAAGCGCA